GUCAAAGGAUAUGGCUUAUGAUCUACCGACAUCACCAGAAAAUUAAAGAGAUUUCUGAUCUUCACGCUGAAGUUCUGUGUUUGCAUCUUCCACGUCUUUUUUUUUUGUCAAUGUCUUCCACAUCCGAUUAAGGUUCAAAAAUCGACAUGGGCCUCGGAAAUAGGAGUCGGCUAUCGGCCUAGCCAUCGAGAAAUUAUUCCAUCGGUAACAACUUACUGGUGUCCAGAUUAUGAACACAACCGCGUAGGGUUCUGUGCCAAAUGACACAACAACUUGUGCUUAAGCGAUAAGAUGUGAAGCAAGCCGCCACCUGGAGAAUGAUUGGCUUCAAUCGCCAACGCGUGUGGAAUUUGAGAAAUUAUACUGUCAGGUCCCUAUUAUCCUGCUACCGAUUUAAGCAUCGCUGUACAAUCCACCUCUUCAGAAAUCCUGCUUCAAUUUCUUCCCGCUCAGAAACAGCAGUAUGCUUAUUUUUCACAAAAAAAAAAAAAAAAAAAGCGAGCCAACGGCAGCUAUGGAGAACUCAAUACGAUCGGGACCCCGUCAAAUACAGCGACGUGUUUGAUGUCUCAAGAGACGCAGCCACCAUGCAGUCUGCGGAGAAAGAAGUCCUAGGGCAGACCCAGAAAGGUGGCCCCGCCUCAGUCAUGCAAUCUGCUGCAAACGUGAACGUGAGAGCUGAUCUCGUCGACCCUGACGAUGCUAGUGAUGCAGUUAGAUAUUUAACAUUUCACCUUCUUCCUUCCAAUAUAUUAUAUAUAUUGUUUAGCGGAAGUUGUGUUUUUGGAGGGCAGGUUGUGGGACAGUACGUUGAUCCAAGGCUACCAGCUGCUUCUCCUGGGUCAGCACUUGGUAUUACAAUUGGCGAGGCUUUGCAGGCAACUGCUUAUUCUGCUACAGGAGACAAGCCUGUCGAUCAGAGCGACGCUGCCGCUAUCAAAGCAGUAGAGGUGAGAGCUCCUCGUAGUAACGAGACACCUUCCACUGGAAUUGGCGCACAGGCGCAGUCAGCUGCUGAUCUUAAUACCAGGCUUAUGAAUGACGAAAGUAAGACCACUCUCUCCGAUGUUCUGGCGGUAUACGUUGAUCCAAGGGUACCGGCUGCUUAUCCUGGGUCAGCACUUGGUAUUACAAUUGGUGAGGCUUUGGAGGCAAUCGCUAUUCUCGCUACAGAGACAAGCUCAGAUCAGAGCGACGCUGCCGCUAUCAAAGCAGUAGAGGUGAGAGCUCCUCGUAGUAACGAGACACCUUCCACUGGAAUUGGCGCACAGGCGCAGUCAGCUGCUGAUCUUAAUACCAGGCUUAUGAAUGACGAAAGUAAGACCACUUUCUCCGAUGUUCUGGCGGUAUACGUUGAUCCAAGGGUACCAGCUGCUUAUCCUGGGUCAGCACUUGGUAUUACAAUUGGCGAGGCUUUGGAGGCAACUGCUUAUUCUGCUACAGGAGACAAGCCUGUCGAUCAGAGCGACGCUGCCGCUAUCAAAGCAGUAGAGGUGAGAGCUCCUCGUAGUAACGAGACACCUUCCACUGGAAUUGGCGCACAGCGCAAUCGGCCGAUCUUAAUACCAGGCUUAUGA